AUAUAAUAAAUCACUAUAUUAUAAAUCACUAUGAACCACUAUUAAAAUCACUAUUAACCACCAUGAAGUCUUGCCAUUUUCAGCGGGAGGUGAUCAUGUACACCGACAAGGCCAAAAAGCUGGCAGAUACUGCGGUGCAGGAACAGGCCACUGGAAGCGCCGUUCUGGCGGCCAAGCACAUGCUUGAGGCCACCAAACUCAUGCACAUGGCCAAAGAAAAGAAGGUGCGUGCACUGAAGGUCAGGGCACUGGCCGAACGGCUGAACAGCCAGGUGCUGCCUAGCUAUAAACAGGCAGUGGAUAUAGCUGGGCUGCAUGCGUCCUUUAGUGGCCUACAGACGUCACAGCAGAGGCACCGGCUUCUUCGUAAGAAGACCUGAGUUUUUCUCGGUGACGAGUCACGAGUCGCGCAGGAAUUCUGUGGUGCAAAA